AUGGAGAAGACAGAGGUUUUGGAGAGGAUUCGAGGUCAUGAAGAAGAACUACGUAGAGCUAGAGAAAAUGAAACGAAGCUGAAAAAGAAUAUAGAGGAACUGGAGAAGGAAUGUAUUGAACUGAGUUGCCUGGAAGAAGACCAGGAUAAAACAAUAAAUCGAAAAGGAGAAGAAGUCGAGGCUUCUAAAAUGGAGAAGACACAGGUUUUGGAGAGGAUUCGAGGUCAGGAAGAAGAACUACGUAGAGCUAGAGAAAAUGAAACGAAGCUGAAAACGAAUAUAGAGGAACUGCAGAAGGAAUGUAAUGAACUGAGAUUGAAGGAAAUGGACAUAAAGGAAUCACAAGAACAGUUAAGGGAAAGGGAAAGAAACCUGCAGAAGGAAAUUGAGGGACUGAAGAUUGAUUGUAAUCGGAUGGAAGAAAGGGAAAGAUACCUAGAGAAGGAAAUUGAGAAACUGAAGAUGGAAUGUAAUCAGAUGGAAAAGAGUUGCUCAAGAUGGGAUCCAUUGCUAAAAGAAAGAAAAGACCAAUUGAGUGCAAGAGAAGCGGAGUUAAUAGAUUUGCAAGAUAAAAAUGACGACCUGGAAGAAGAACUCAAACGUCAAAGACAAAAAAUUGCCGCAUUUUUGGCUGUGCAACGAGAAUUACAGGAUCAGACCUCUGGAAAAGACCAUCUUAAACAUGAACAGCUGGCACUUCAACCGCAAAUCAGUGAUGAUGUCCUUAUGUUGGAACAACAAAACAAGAUUAAAGAACUGGAAAGGGAAAACGAAUUACUAAGGUCGAAACUGAAUGAGCAGACUAGAGAAGGACCGCCUUGUAUCGUCAUUUAA